AAAAAAAAAAAAAAAAAAGUCCCAUUCAUUCUCACCUCCCUCUCUUCUUAAGACCCUUUUGCUCCCUCAUAACAUUUCAAUAUUCACCCAACAUAUUACUUCUCCCACUUUUUCCUCUUCUCUCCUUCUCCUUCUCCUUCUGAUUAAAAUUAUUAUUAUUCCAAAUGGGGUUUGAUGAUCUUUGUAAUACAGGCCUCGACUUAGGUUUAGGGUUCACAGCUUCAGCUGCUUCAACCAAAAAACCCUCAACUAAUUCCACCACCACUUCUGCUACAACUACUUCUUUUGAGCCUUCUUUAACUUUGGGUCUUUCCGGUGACCCUUAUAACUCUAGCAACAACGCCAGAAAGAUUAGUACUAUUAAUAUUGAUGUGAACAAAGGUGGUGGUACUACUUGUCACGAGGAAACUGUUAAUAAUAAUAACAGUAACAAUAAUAUCGAUUUGUAUAGGCAAGCCUCGCCUCACAGUGCGGUUUCUUCCUUCUCCGGCGGUGGUGGUCGGGUUAAGCGUGAAAGAGAUCUCAGUAGCGAAGAGAUUGAGGUUGAGAAAGUCUCUUCUAGAAUUAGUGAUGAAGAUGAUGAUGGUCCUAAUGCCAGAAAAAAGCUUCGUCUCACCAAAGAGCAAUCUGCUCUCUUAGAAGAAAGCUUCAAACAACACAGCACUCUCAACCCUAGGCAAAAGCAAGCUUUAGCCAGACAGCUAAAUCUGAGGCCAAGACAAGUUGAAGUAUGGUUUCAGAAUAGGCGUGCCAGAACAAAGCUGAAGCAAACGGAAGUAGAUUGCGAGUUCUUGAAGAAGUGUUGCGAGACACUGACUGACGAGAAUAGAAGGCUUCAAAAAGAGCUACAAGAACUCAAGGCUCUGAAACUCUCUCAACCCCUGUACAUGCAUAUGCCGGCGGCUACGCUCACCAUGUGUCCCUCCUGCGAAAGGAUCGGUGGUGUCGGCGUCGGCGCCGGCGACGGAGCUUCCAAGAGCCCCUUUUCCAUGGCUUCGAAGCCCCACUUCUAUAAUCCCUUCACCAAUCCUUCGGCUGCUUGCUAGGGUUAAUGCAAAGUGAUAGUACUAUCGUAAUUACGAUCGAUAGUUAAAAAAAAAAAAGUUGAAUUAAAAAAGGCUCCCCAAAAAUUCAAUGACCCCUAUAUAUUUUUUGAUUAAGGGCUUGUAGCGAUCGAGUAAGAGAGUAGUCGUGUAAUUAUAAUUGUAGAAAUGAAGAUAGUAUAAUUACUGAUCAAUUUUUACUUUUUUUUCUUUUCUUUUCUUCUUUUUAAAUAUAUAUGUUUUGUACAUCUUUAAAGAAAAUAUUUUAAUGAAUGGAUCAGUGUUAUUUA